AGGCCAAUACCACAAAUGAGAAUACCCGGUAGCAGUUUUUCAUUAGAGGUCAACUGAAUCAACACUUUCAACCCUGCAACAACACCUGCAACCAAACACAGUACAGGAAACACAUGCGGAUGGUUAAAAAGAAAGAAGAUAUGUGUGAAUCAAAUGCGCAUGUAAUCAUCGCUCCACCUCCACGUUGACACUAUAAAUGGGGUCAGAUAUCGUAGGCCAUUGAACGGAGCUUGCAGUCAACAGUCCCGAUGGCAAGGCUGUGGCAUGUCAUGCUCCUGAGCUGGGCGUGGAACCCUCUGUGUCUGUCAGUCAGUGUGCGCUUCAUUGGUUCUCCACAACAGUGUGCAAAGGCACGCUUUGUCCCGGGUUACAACCUGGGAGGAGAAGGCUUCGACAUCGUCAAAAUGGAGCGGAAAGGCGCCUAUGUCAUCGACACGGAAACAUGGAAUCUCGGCAACGGCACUUGCAGACUGUUUAACAACAACUUCAUGAAAGGUGUGAGACAGAAGGUCCCAGCCGCCGUGGUGGACUGGAGAGUCCUCCCGAAGUGCAGUUUGAAGGUCUCCAGUCUGGUCUACAAUUCGGCUGAAACUCUAGUUAAUGACUCCACCUCAGCUGUGUCCAACGAUUGGAAGGUCGACCUCACAAUUCCUGUAGACCCUUCUGUUACUCUCGGCGUCGGAUUAGGAGGUUCCCACUCCAAAGAGUCCACCUUUGCCAUGCAAAAGUCAAAAGAAGACCGCUACACCUUUGUUCGCCAUUCCGUCGACUGUACCUUGUAUAACUACAGAAUGACAUCAAAUCCUCCACUGAGUCAAGACUUUAAAUCUGCUGUGAACUCCCUCCCAGCCUAUUCCAAAAAGACAAUGUUAAAAUAUCGCAGUCUGAUUGACACAUAUGGUACACAUUUCAUAACACAAGUGUCUCUAGGUGGGAAAAUAAAAGCAAUCACUUCUGUCAAGACCUGUCAGGCAAGCAUGCAGGGACUGUCGUCCACAGACGUCGCUGACUGUUUGUCAGUCGAGGCCUCUGCUACCAUUGUACAGUCUGCCAGCAUGAAGGCAAUGUUCAAUCACUGUGAGUCAGAGAAGAAGAAGUUGGGCUCCAGUCAAAGCUUCAGCGGGACGUUUCGCGAGCGCAGUGCAGACGUCAUCGGUGGAGACAUAACCGGGGACAUUCUCUUUAAUGGCCAAUCUAGCCCCUCUGUCUUUGGAGAAUGGCAACGCUCACUGCAGUCCUUACCUGAUGUGGUGAAAUACAGCAUAAAAUCCCUGCACACCUUACUACCAAUUGGUCAUGCUGCCAGAGCUGGACUGAAACAGGAGGAGGAGAAGUACAUCGUGGAUAACGCAGUGUUAAAACAAUGCUCAGAAUCCUGUCAGAUUGGUCACAGAUCCAGCAAAAGGGAUCCUUGUGCUUGUGUUUGCAACAGUAAUUCAAAUAUCAAGCAUAACUGCUGUCCUGCUGGGAAAGGUUUUGCGACAUUGAAGGUCUUUCGGCUCUAUGCAGACGGGCUGUAUGGUGAUAAGUGGACUCAGACAGAUGGUUCAGUGGAAGUGAGAUAUGGAGAUCAGACUAAACGCACCGCCAUCAUUAGUAACAAUGACUAUCCUCGAUGGUCCGAGACUUUUCAGUUUGGAAACAUUCGCAUCAACAUGAAAAACAAACUUCAGUUCACUGUUUAUGAUGAGGACACCUACUGGAAUAGUGAUUCUUUAGGCAAGUGCUCAUUUGGUUUGCAUAAGGGGAAACAUAGGGACUCUUGCAUGUUUGAUUACGGCACCUUCUUCUUUUCGUACGAAGUUGAGUGUGCACCAAGUCUCAGCGGUGACGAAUGUCAGGACUACAUACCGUCCCCCAUGAGUUCCUCUCUGGCCAAGGUCUUCCACACCAGAAACGGGGUCCUUCUCGGGACGGGGAAGUACGGGAAGCCAGUCGGUCCAUCAGGUUCAGCAGUUGACAUUGAGAGUGGUGAGAGGGCCACUCUUUGAUUUGAUUAGGAUCCUGAAAGUAGUUAAUAGUAGCUUUCACUCUGUUGCUCUAUCUUUGUUUGCAUUUGCAGAACGUACAUUUAAUCAAAAAAUGCAUGUGCAGAUUGUGUUUUACAAUCCACCAUUUCUUCUGCUUCUUUCAUUUAAUUACAAAAUCUACUAAUAAAGCAUCAACAAAGACAAA